AAUUUUUUGAGCUACUAGUAAAGAGGCGAGUCGGAAUAACCCCGUCAUGCCAUUUGCCGUUCAAACAAGUUCCGCAGGCUUCGAGAAACAACAUCACAACGGCCGGACGCUCCGAGGCCUUAUUUUGCGCAUAUCCUUUUCAUUGAGAAGAAGGCUAGCACCGCGGCCGACUCUUGCCACUCUGCACACAAUGGCACACCGCCUGAUAACCCAAGUUGUUUUUAUCGGCACGCGCGUGAUCGGCCGCGCCUUCGCCGAAGCCUACAAGCAAGCGGCGGCAUCGAGCCAGUACCAACGCGCGCAGGCCAAGGCAGGCAACGGCCUGUCAGGGCGCGCCAGCGUCAGCACCGGCAUGACGCUCGACGAGGCCUGCAAGAUUCUCAACGUGAAGCCACCACAGAACGGCAAGGCGGACAUGGACGAGGUCAUGGAGCGGUUCAAGCGCCUGUUCGACAACAACGACCCCAAGAAAGGCGGGUCCUUCUACCUGCAGAGCAAAAUCCUCCGAGCACGAGAGCGCAUCGAGGCCGAGGUGAAGCCAAUGAUGGAGAAGGCCGAGCAGGAGGCGGAAAUAAAGGAAGGGUGGAAUCCCAAGAUCUACAAGGACAGGUAACCGUGGCGCACCUUUUGCCACCAUGUCGCGGCGUGGGGAGCGGAAGCGCGUCGUCGCCUCUUCACUUUGUCCCCUCGACUGGGAACCUUUAAAGCUCGGCUAAAGAGGCGGACACGACAAAAGAGUGAUACACGGAAGUGCAACCGCACGAGGCGAGAUCGGUUGACGAAGAGCGACGGAUGACAAUUGCUCGGCGGCACACGUAAGGGGGAAGGGCUCUGGACAGCAUCAACUACAACCCCGUGUACACAAAUCUUCACUCGACUUUGGGAAGGCCUGGCGUUACGUGGUUGGGGAUAUUCGG